CAAAACAUCAAUGACAGCGGUUUGCCAUGUAAACAAUCCAAUUUUAAAUUUUUGUUGUCACGUCAUAUAACAUUUUAAGCUUGUAGUGUUUUUGUAUGGAAAAUUUUGUGGGAAGAAUAAUUUUUUCAUGAUGCGUAGUAGAUGUUCAAUCGGGGAAAUAUUUUAUCUUUAUUUAUUUUCAAUGUAUUGCUUGUUCCUGGAACUUCUUGGAAAGUUUUGGUUUAAAUCUGGAUUGACCGGAAAAGUGUUUAUGAGAUGUGAGGGUCGUACUGCUGUUGUAACUGGUGGAACAAAUGGAAUAGGCUAUGAAACUGUUAAAAAAUUACUUGGAUUUGGCAUGAAUGUCAUUAUUGCUUCAAAUACAUCAGCUGCUGACAGUGAAUGUUGCUUACAAAUAUUGAGAAGUCUUUUUCCUAAAAGCAAAGUUGAAAUUUGGUAUGUUGAUCUCUCAUCAAUGAGUUCUGUGAAAGCUUUUGCUGACAAAUAUUUAUUGUCUGGAUUGCCUCUCCAUAUUCUGAUUAAUAACGCUGGUAUUAUGUUUGCACCUCGUAAAAUUACAGAUGAAGGUUUUGAAUCUCAUUUAGCCAUAAACUAUUAUUCUCAUGCUUUGCUUACGAAGCUUCUUCUUCCUCGACUUAAAGAAUCUGCCAGCCCAAGUUGUAAAACUAGAGUUAUUAAUGUUUCCUCUUGCCUUCAUUACAUAUCAGAAAUUGAUUUCUCUGAUAUAAACAGUAUAUCUUCAUAUUGCCCCCACCAUGCCUACAUGCAAUCAAAGGUGUGUCUGAUGUUGUUUACUUUAGCACUGAAUGGUUACCUUAAGAACAGUCGAAUUCCAGUGCUGGUUAACUGCAUUCACCCUGGGAUAGUUUACACCGACUUGUACAAGCAUGUUUGGUGGCCUAAAUUUGUAGGACCAUUUUUAUUCCAGAAGCCUAUCAAAGGUGCUGAAGUGACAGUCUAUGCCGCCUUGUCUGCAGCUCUAGAAGCAGAAGGUGGUAAAUACAUCGAAGAUUGCAGAGAAAUGAAGCCUAGUCAAUAUUCUAGAGAUCCACUACUGCAAACAAGAUUGUGGAAUGACACUUGGAAAACACUGCAUCCUUGGCUGGAUGAGGUCGAUGAUGUUGAUUUGUCCAAAGAAUAAUAGUGCAAUAAAUUAUUUUUUGGGACA